AUGCUGAAAGCCAUAGAAAGUAACGAAAGUCUGGCAAAAACAUAUUCUAUGUCGCUGAUAGAAAUAGAGCUGUCGAUCAAAAACAAAGAAGCAGAAGUGCACAGCUACCACCCUGAGCUCGAAAAGAAGAUACAAGAGCUGGGCAACAUAAUGAAGAAGAAGGAAGAGAGCGAGUGUCUUACCGUGGAGACGUAUCUCGACAGCAUAUUUGAAAAGAAGCUCAUUGAGUUUGGAGAGGCCCAGGUGAAAAGAGAAAUAGAAAUGUUCGAGAGCAAUCUAAAGGAAGCGUUCAUCAAAGAAGAAAAAAGACUUUUAUCUUCGCCGCAUCCGCAGAGACUGAGUGUCCGAAAAGAAGAGUUUACAGACACAAUCAUAGAAGGGUGCAAAUCUUUGAAAAGAGGAGACCAAGUGGGAAAGAACGUGUUUUCCUCCCUUAUGCUUUAUGAUGCGUACACAUUUGCCAUAUCAAAACAAACUCCACUGGAUUUUCUUACAUAUAUACACUGCACGCAUGCAAUCAAGGGAAAUACAGCACAGGCAGUGAAUGCCUACGUUGUGUCAAAGUGCUAUAGCAUGCAAAAGCUCGAAAAGUACGAAAAUAGGUUUAUGUUCGCCGAGCUGUAUCACUAUGUGAGAGCAGGGCUGUACACAGAAGCCCAAAGGUUCCUGGAGGAGAACAAGAACUUCUUUUGGCUGAUAUCCAACAACUUUUACUCGUCUUUUAUGUACUGGAUGCAAACUCUGGGAUUCAUCAGAGAAGAAAGAAAGUACUCGAUGGAGUGGGAAGAGGUCCCAACUGAAAAGGACGAUGCCUUCAAGCUUUUUUUCUACAGAGUUUUCACAGGAAGCACAGAGUGCAUAAAGUCCAUCGUUACGACAAUAGAAGAUUUUUUGUGGUACCAGAUUAUCAUACAAAAAACCGUUAGUAGUCUCUGCUUGAAAAAGAAAGCGUACACAGACCUGGAGAUAUUUAAACUACUGGAGGGAUCUAUAUCAGCGCCAAGACUCCUCCAAUCUUCUCUUAUUCUCAGACAGUGGAAGCACGCAAUGAACAUACUGCAAGACGAAACAUUUAAAGCAGGCGAGUCUCUUUUCCUUUCGUAUGCGAUAUCGCAGAAAAAUAGGGAAGAAAAUCCAAGACAGUAUCCCGUUAAAAGAGAAAGAUCGAGUGCAGAGCCAGCUGAGUGUAUAAACCUGUUCGUGCGCGCCAUCCAAGGAGUCACCACUUUAUUUGCAAAACCAGAAGACAAGCUGUGCAUAGUAAAUACGGUGUCUUCCUUUAUUUCAGCAGAGUGGCUUGAAGAUCUUGUGGCAGAAGUGUUUAUUUCCUCAGAGGACUACAGCGUGCUGGGGAAUAUAGACAAUGAGGGAAGAAGACAUCCCUCAACUAUGCAAGAGUACGUGGAAGUAUCUGAGAAUUCUGUUAUUCAGAGAAUUUCAGAGUACUACACGCACUGCGGUGAGCUGGAGAAAGCCCUCAAGGUGUCCUACAUUGGAGGAAGCGAGAACACACUGGAAAUACUAAAGAGCAUCCUUGUGGAGAAAAUACAGACAAAAGACUAUGCAGCCAGCAGCUUAGAACAGAUGGUUAAAUACUUCAACAAUCCCCUUGUAAACUUUUUGUGGCAGGUUCUCUGCAUAGGCGGAUCCACAGAGAAUUCCAUCCCUCUUAUCAGGCGCACAGGGCUGAUUCCUGAGAACAAUCCAGCGAGUAUGCUGAAAAAGCUGAAUGAAAUCUCAUCGCUCAGCACGGCAAUAAAGGGAGUGAUCCCAACAGCUCUUGUUAUUAUGUCGAAGAGACUGGGGGAGCAUCCGCACAAAGAGAAUCAGGACCUAGCAAAAUCUCUCCUCUUAUUUGCAGGUGCUCUGGAGAUGGAUAAAGAAGUCCUCUAUGAAAUUGUCAGUGCUAUAUCACCUCUUCUAUAA